CGGCAAGCUGUUGAGGCCCGCCACUAUUGGGCUCACCGCUCGGCGGAGGUGGUGCUGGCAGUAACAAAAGUCCGCCAGCCUGUCUCACUUCACAUUGCUGUAGUUUUCUUGUCUUUUCCUCGACUUUCAUCUCUACUGCUUUUUUUCUCCCUUUUCCGCGUGUGAUUCCCAAAAGUUCCCUUUUAAAAUAUAUAUUUGACAUAUUUUGCGCCACAAUGGCGUCCCCCGCGAUUAAAAAGGCGAUCUCAGAAGCGGCUGCGCAGUACGUGAAGCCCGAAGGGAAGGUGUUCCAGUAUGGUACAGCAGGGUUUCGUAUGAAGGCUGACCUCCUCAACACCGUCGUCUUUGCAGUCGGAUUGCUCGCAGGUCUCCGUUCCAAGAAACUUAGUGGACAAUGGGUUGGCGUUAUGGUUACUGCCAGUCACAACCCCGCGGAGGACAAUGGUGUCAAGCUGAUCGAUCCCAUGGGUGAAAUGCUGGAGGCUGAGUGGGAAGCCUAUGCGACAAAACUCGCCAAUGCCUCGAUGGAGAACAUCGCCGAGGUAUACGAUGAACUCAUCAAGGAAAUCGACGUUAGCAUGGAAAAUCCGGCCCGUGUCGUUUUUGCUCGCGAUACUCGUGCAUCUGGUUCUCGUCUUGUGGGAGUUCUGAGCGCCGCUCUUACCGCUACGCAAGUCGAGUUUAUCGAUUGGAAAUUUAUGACAACCCCCCAACUCCAUUACGUUGUCCGCUGCAAGAACACUCUGGGAACACAGUACGAGUAUGGCGAACCCACUGAGCAAGGGUAUUACGAGAAGCUCGCGGAGGCUUUCAAGAGGGUGAUGCGGGGUGUGAAGGUCCAAGGCUCUCUGACCGUGGACUGCGCGAACGGUGUUGGCGGACCUAAACUUCGAGAGCUCAUCAAGUAUCUACCCGCAGCCGAUCAGGGUGGUGUUGAUAUCAAAGUCAUCAAUGAUGAUGUGAUCAACCCCGACAGUCUAAACUUUGAGUGUGGUGCCGAUUAUGUCAAGACAAAGCAACGUGCUCCUCCAUCAUCCAAGGCAGGUGCUCUUGACCGCUGCGCGUCGCUAGAUGGAGAUGCGGAUCGGAUUAUCUACUAUUUCCUCGACGAGGGCAAUGUCUUCCGCAUGCUCGAUGGUGACCGCAUUGCCACCCUUGCGGCAUCCUUCAUUGGUGACCUUGCCCGGAGCGCAGGGAUUAUCAACAAACUCCGAAUUGGUGUCAUCCAAACUGCUUAUGCCAACGGAUCAAGCACGGAUUACAUCGAGAAGGUUUUGAAGCUGCCUUCGAUCUGCACCAACACGGGUGUUAAGCACCUUCACCACGCUGCCCUACGUUACGACGUCGGUGUUUACUUCGAAGCCAACGGACACGGCACAAUUACCUUUUCGGAAAACGCUCUCAAGACCAUUAAGAGCACAGAGCCCCAAUCUCCAGCCCAGCAGCGCUCCCUGGAAUGCCUGCAAGCCCUUACGGACUUGAUCAACCAGGCUGUCGGCGAUGCUCUCAGCGAUAUGCUUCUCGUUGAAGCCAUUCUCGCCCACAAGGGCUGGACUCCCAAGGAGUGGCUGGCCACUUACACCGAUCUCCCUUCGCGGCUUGUCCGUGUGGAGGUUGCUGACCGUUCAAUCUUCAAGGCAUAUGAUGCUGAGCGCAAGCUUGAGUCGCCUCCCGGUCUCCAGGGUAAGAUUGAAUCCCUGCAGUCCCGCUAUAACAAGGGAAGGAGUUUCGCCCGAGCAAGUGGUACAGAAGAUGCUGUUCGUGUCUACGCUGAGGCAGCCAGCCGCUCUGAGGCAGACGAUCUUGCCACCCGCGUCUCUAAUGCCGUUCGCGAUGCCGGUUCCAAAGAAGCCUUGCAGUAAUUUCAAGCUAGCUUGACAGGAUGAUAUGAUCUACCUAGUGAGUAAAGUUUAGUGGGCAAUCGCAAACGUGCAUGACGGAAGACAAAAGAAAAAAUAUUGUGGCCUCCCCACCGCAAUAUUUGUUAAUGGGAUUUAUGAAGAAGUCUAGGAAAUGGCAGCUUUAGCUGUUUUGCAUCGAUAUAUCCUGUCAUAGAGGUUACCUAAUGGGAAAUGUUACGAAUUCAAUGACUUUUUUUUGAGUCUGUCUGUCUGCCACUGCAGUUUCUGUCUGUUUGUUUUUUUUAAAUUGUUUUUUUUUUUAAAUUGUUUUCAAGUCUCUAAAAGAGGUUGUCCUUCAUCUGAUGGACAUCACUAAUGCUUAUUUCCGGGGUUCUCUUCAUACAGUACCUAUAAUACGCAGAAAUUGUCAAACACGAACAAUAAUGC